AUGGAUGCCAACCUGCCGGGCACCUUCCUGCUCAACGGCCCCUCGCUGGGCCCCUUCCCGGAGGCCAAGGCUCCUGUCUGCCAGUACUCGGUGCAGAGCUCCUUCUACAAGCUGGGCCCCCCCGGGCUCAGUGCUCAGCUGGCUGCCGGCACCCCCCACGGCAUCUCUGACAUCCUCAGCCGGCCCACAGCGACGCCGAACAGCGGCCUCCUCCCUGGCUACCCCCAUGCAGGCGGAUUUAACGGACUGAGCUCCCCGGGCGUCUAUUAUGGGCCCCAGGUGGGAGCCCUCCCCAAGGCCGGUGGCGAGUACCUGCCGCGGGGCCGGAGCUGCUGGGCGGAGGCGGCCCCAGAGUGGCGGGGUGGCCGGCAGUGCGGCGGCCCCCCAGCUCACCUGGCUGACAGCAUCCAUAAGAAGAAGCACACGCGCCCAACCUUCACGGGGCACCAGAUUUUUGCGCUGGAGAAGACUUUUGAGCAGACCAAAUACCUAGCAGGUCCAGAGAGAGCACGUCUGGCCUAUUCCCUUGGCAUGACAGAGUCACAGGUGAAGGUCUGGUUCCAGAACCGACGGACCAAAUGGAGGAAGAAGAGUGCCCUGGAGCCCUCCUCAUCCUCACAGCGGGCGGGGGGCUCUGGUGGAGAGCGGGCAGCCUCUGAGACCGAAGAUGAUGAGUACAACAAGCCCCUGGACCCCGACUCGGAUGAUGAGAAGAUCCGUCUGCUGCUGAGGAAGCACCGUGCGGCCUUCUCGGUGCUGGGCUUGGGCACGCACAGCGGCUAAGACCCUCUGGGCCACGGGGUGCCCAGCCUGGCCACCUGCUUCCUGCUGGGGGGUGACCCCCAUGCAGACACCCAGCUGUGGAGAUGGGGAGUCAGCUGCCCCCCCACCUGGUGGCUCCUGCCCAGGGAAGGUGGCUCACAGGGCUGGGAGCAGCACAC